AUGCUGACAUGGCCACCGUAUUUUAGUGACCUAGCAAACUACCCCCAAACCCUAAUCCCUUCCUCCCCAACGCAGACUCUCCUUCCAUCUCCCUCCCCAUCGCAGCCUUCUCCCUUCCCUCUUCCUCCCCACUGCAGCCCCUCCCCAACGCACACUCCCCCUCCCUCUCCCUUCCCUAAUGCAGACUCUCCCUUCCCUCCCUCAACACCACCACAACUUCCACAAGUACCUAAAACCCGGUGUGUUAACCCUUUCCGUCGCACUUCUCCUCCUUCCUCUCCGUUGCAUACGUCGCAGGACACCGCUGCCACUCAGCCUCAGGCCAACGCUGCUGCUUCCGCUGAUGGUUUCCAUUCUUCGUUGGCAGGAUCAACGGACCUUGCUGUCCAAUUAAAAACGUUGCUUCGUUUCUGA